AUGGCCUUGUCUAGGCCCCCUUUUCGUUUCGCAGCUCAGGUCAUCUCUGCCUGCGUUGUGUUCACAUUAAUAUACAGUUUCUUUUACCCAUAUCCCUAUCCGAUAUGGACAAGUUCGGCCAACAAUUCAUGGCAGAACAGAGCGGAAUCCAUCAUCAACAAAGCUAGAGAAUACGUCGAAUCGCCGUUUGAAGCUCCCUACAAGAACAAGUUCGGCGAGUUGGGCGAGCGUACCAAGGUCGCCAGAGAAUGGAUUGGGUUUCUCGAUGAUGCCCCAAGUUCAGCAAACACGCUCCCGGCCCUUGAGGCCGUUGAAGCAGCCAUUGGGACAAUGUACCCCUUCCUCACCAACUCACCUAAGAAACCUGGGAACAAGACUCCUUUUUCAGACUUACGCUCCUCCUUCGUUCCUGGCUCUCGUGGGAUUGUGAUACCGACAGGAACUGGCACGUUGAGGUUCGCGACGCACCUUAUCGCCAACCUUCGCGAAGUUUUGCGCACCGAACUCGCCAUCCAAAUCGUCUACUCUGGGGAUGAUGACCUCCCUCCAGAGGACCGAGAGCAACUCACAGCUCGAUUUGGAGAUAUGUAUUUCCUGGACAUACUAACUGUGGUGGACGACGCCACGGUGGGCCUCGUCGACGGAGGCUGGGCCAUAAAGGCAUUCGCUGCAUUAUACUCGCCAUUUGAGGAGGUACUACUUCUAGACGCAGACUGCGUCUUCGUCCAGAAGCCCGAGCUGCUGCUCGAGGACCCAGCAUACCAGUCCACGGGUGCUCUUUUAUUUCACGACCGCCUCCUGUGGCAACACGCGUUCCGAGAGCGCCACAAUUGGUACGAGGAUCAGAUCCGGCACCCCAGCGCGCAACUCAACAAGUCACUGGUGUGGACACAAGACUACGCUGAGGAGGGGGACUCUGGAGUUGUCGUACUAGACAAGUCUCGCCUCGACGUGCUCAUGGGCUUGUUGCACAUCGCAUGGCAGAACACGCGAGACGUGCGCGAAGAGGUCACGUACAAGUUGAUGUAUGGUGAUAAGGAGUCGUGGUGGUUUGGCCUCGAGCUCAGCGGUGCUGCUUAUGCGUUCGAGACGCACUACGCCGCCAUGGUGGGUUGGGUCAAGGAUGUUUUGAGCGAGAACAAGGCGCGGAUCUGCAGUUUUGUCAUAGGUCAUGUGGACCGCAAUGACGAACUGUUUUGGUACAAUGGCGGACUGCUGAAGAACAAGAAGGUGAAUCUCUAUGAGUUUGGAGAGCCGACUCAUACAAUGGUGGAUGGCAUCUGGGAGAAGAGUGGCAUUAAAACAGAAAUGAGUUGCAUGGUUGGCACUGGCGGUCGAGCUGUCUUGCCCCAAGCGAGUAAUAUCUUGGCAGAUUCCAUUGCGUUGGCACAAAAGCUAGAUGAAGACUUUGGCUUUGUGUAG